UCUUCUUCUUCUUCUUCUUCUUCUUCUGCUACUGCGGUAUUCCUUCCUCCUCCUGCUCUAUUAGUAUCCACAGCCUUUUAUCGUCCUCGUCGCGACUGAGGUGGUCGUCAUCGUCGGGAUGUGGAACUCCGCGGAGGCGGCGUUCUCGAGGUCGAGCUCGUUCAGGGAAUGCGGGGACGAGGAGGAGGAGGCGCUCCGGUGGGCCGCGCUCGAGCGCCUACCCACCUUCGCACGCGUCCGCCGCGGCAUCCUCCGGGCCAACGCCGGGGUUCGUUCCGAGGUCGACGUCGCCCGCCUCUCCGCGGGGGACCGCACGGACUUGAUCGACCGCCUUGUUGGCGAUUCUGGUGAUGCCGAGCAGUUCUUCAAGCGGAUCCGACGAAGAUUCGACGCAGUGAGUCUAGAAUUUCCCAAGAUCGAGGUCCGAUUUCAGGAACUGAAGGUAGAUGCUUAUGUUCAUGUGGGAAGUAGAGCGCUGCCCACAAUUCCCAAUUUUGUCUUCAACAUGACAGAGGCCUUUCUAAGGUAUUUGAGGGUCUUCCCAGGCGGGAGAACAAAAUUGCCAAUAUUGGAUAACAUCAGUGGGAUCAUCCGUCCUUCUAGAAUGACAUUGCUUUUGGGACCUCCAAGCUCUGGAAAGACAACUUUGCUUUUGGCUCUUGCUGGACGGCUUGGUUCUGAUCUAAAGAUGUCAGGGAACAUUACUUACAACGGGCACAAUCUAGAUGAAUUUGUUCCUCAACGAACUUCUGCUUAUGUCAGUCAGCAAGACUGGCAUGUUUCAGAGAUGACAGUGAGGGAAACCUUAGAAUUUGCAGGACAUUGUCAAGGUGUUGGAAUAAAAUAUGACAUGCUUAUGGAACUUUUAAGAAGAGAGAAGAAUGCGGGAAUAAAACCUGAUGAGGAUCUGGAUAUAUUUAUGAAGGCAUUAGCACUAGAGGGCAAACAGACAAACUUUGUAGUGGAAUAUAUACUCAAGAUUUUAGGGCUGGACAUCUGUGCCGACACACUUGUUGGAGAUGAGAUGGUUAAAGGAAUCUCAGGUGGACAGAAGAAACGACUUACAACAGGUGAAUUACUAGUUGGGCCAGCUAGAGUAUUAUUCAUGGAUGAGAUAUCUACUGGGCUUGACAGUUCAACCACUUAUCAAAUCAUCAAGUAUCUUAGACAUUCUACCCAUGCGCUUGAUGGAACCACGAUCAUAUCAUUGCUGCAACCAGCUCCUGAAACUUAUGAGUUAUUUGAUGAUGUCAUUCUUAUAUCUGAAGGUCAGAUUGUUUAUCAGGGACCCCGUGAUGCUGCUAUUGACUUCUUUGCUGCCAUGGGCUUUAGGUGCCCUGAAAGGAAAAAUGUGGCUGACUUUUUGCAAGAAGUCACAUCCAAGAAAGAUCAGCGGCAGUACUGGUAUCCACAUGACUGUCCGUACCAAUUUAUACCUGUAUCGAAGUUUGCAGAUGCUUUCAAUUCAUUUCGUGUCGGUAAGAGACUAUACGAGGAACUGGCUGUUCCAUAUAACUGUCUUCGCAACCAUCCUGCAGCUCUAUCAACUUCUAGUUAUGGUGUGAAAAGGUUUGAGCUUCUGAAGGCCAACUUUGCCUGGCAGCUGUUAUUGAUGAAACGAAAUUCAUUUGUCUAUGUCUUCAAAUUUGUUCAGCUUCUGCUUGUUGCUCUUGUGACAAUGACAGUGUUCUUCCGGACAACAAUGCACCAUAGGACUGUAGAUGAUGGAAUUGUCUAUCUUGGGGCACUGUAUUUUGCAAUGAUAAUGAUUCUGUUCAAUGGGUUCACUGAAGUUUCAUUGUUGAUAACAAAGCUUCCAGUGCUUUACAAGCAUAGGGACUUGCACUUUUAUCCACCAUGGACUUAUAUGCUUCCUUCUUGGCUCUUAAGCAUUCCAACUUCACUAGCAGAGUCUGUGAUGUGGGUGGCAGUUACUUACUAUGUGGUUGGUUAUGAUCCACAAAUUACGAGAUUCCUGUCGCAGUUCCUGUUGCUUUUCUUUUUGCACCAAAUGUCUUUGGCUCUUUUCCGUGUGAUGGCAUCCUUGGGUCGAAAUAUGAUAGUUGCCAAUACCUUUGGAUCUUUUGCUAUGCUGGUUGUCAUGAUUCUUGGAGGAUUUAUCAUUUCUAGAGAUAGCAUUCCAAACUGGUGGAUUUGGGGUUACUGGAUCUCUCCUUUGAUGUAUGCUCAGAAUGCUCUUUCAGUUAAUGAGUUCCUUGGGCAUUCUUGGAACAAGAAACUUGCCAAUCUUAAUAUUUCAUUAGGCGAGGCAGUACUUAAAGGAUAUGGUUUAUUUACGGAGAGUUAUUGGUUUUGGAUUGGCGUUUGUGCAUUGUUCUGUUAUACGGUCAUAUUCAACAUCCUGCUCACCUUGUUUUUGACUUACCUCAGUCCUCUGGGGAAGCAACAAGCUGUGGUUUCUAAAGAGGAACUCCAGGAGAGGGAUCAAAGGAGGAAAGGGAAGGGACAUAUUGUUGAAUUAAGAUCCUACUUGCAUGAAAGCAUGCUGACAGAAACAAAUGGUAAGGAAAGGAAGGGCAUGGUUUUACCCUUUGAACCUCUGUCUAUGUGUUUUACCAAUAUCAAUUACUAUGUGGAUGUGCCUGUGGAAUUGAAACAACAAGGCAUACUAGAGGAUCGACUGCAAUUGUUGGUUAAUGUCACUGGAGCUUUUAGGCCAGGAAUACUCACAGCACUUGUUGGAGUCAGUGGGGCUGGUAAAACUACACUCAUGGAUGUUUUAGCUGGUAGGAAGACUGGAGGACUGAUAGAAGGGACCAUAACUAUAUCUGGCUAUCCAAAAAAUCAAGAAACCUUUGCAAGAAUCUCUGGAUAUUGCGAACAGAAUGAUGUCCAUUCUCCUUGUAUGACUGUUAUUGAGUCACUUCUUUACUCAGCAUGGCUCCGAUUGCCUUCUCAUGUUGUCUUGGAGACUAGAAGGGUUUUUGUAGAAGAGGUGAUGGAACUUGUUGAGCUCACAUCGUUAAGUGGUGCCCUUGUUGGACUGCCAGGAGUCAAUGGUUUGUCCACAGAACAACGCAAACGGUUAACAAUUGCUGUGGAGCUUGUUGCAAAUCCUUCUAUUGUGUUCAUGGAUGAACCAACAUCAGGAUUGGAUGCCAGAGCUGCAGCAAUUGUCAUGAGAACUGUAAGAAAUAUAGUGAACACUGGACGGACAAUCGUGUGCACAAUUCAUCAACCAAGCAUAGACAUUUUUGAGUCUUUCGACGAGCUUCUGUUUAUGAAGCGUGGAGGAGAACUUAUAUAUGCUGGCCCUUUAGGCCCCAAUUCCUGCAAGCUAAUUGAGUUCUUUGAGGCAAUUCCUGGAGUACCUAAGAUCAAGGAUGGCUAUAAUCCCGCUGCAUGGAUGCUUGAGGUGACUAAUCCAUUGAUAGAAAAUCGUCUUUGUUUGGACUUUGCGGAUUACUAUCGGAAGUCUAGACUUUUCCAACAGAAUAGAAAUUUAGUUGAAAAUUUAAGCAGGCCAAACAGCGAAUCAAAGGAGAUUAGCUUUCCGACCAAGUAUUCGCAGUCAUAUCUUGUCCAGUAUCUUGCUGGUCUUUGGAAGCAGAAUCUGUCAUAUUGGAGGAAUCCUCAAUAUACAGCAGUUCGUUUCUUCUACACUGUUAUCAUUUCAGUGAUGUUUGGAACAAUCUGUUGGGGAUUUGGUUCUAGAAGGGAGACACAGCAAGAUAUCUUUAAUGCCAUGGGAUCCAUGUAUGCUGCUGUCCUAUUUAUUGGAAUUACCAAUGCCACUGCUGUUCAACCUAUGGUUUCCAUCGAACGGUUUGUCUCAUAUAGAGAAAGAGCAGCAGGGAUGUACUCUGCACUACCAUUUGCAUUUGCCCAGGUUUCUAUCGAGUUCCCGUAUGUUCUUGUGCAAGCACUUAUUUAUGGGACCAUAUUCUAUUCUUUGGGCUCAUUCGAAUGGACAGUUACGAAGUUUUUAUGGUAUAUAUUCUUUAUGUACUUCACUUUGCUGUACUUCACCUUCUUCGGUAUGAUGACAAUCGCAAUCACUCCGAAUCAUAUUGUGGCUCCAAUAGUAGCUGCGCCAUUCUACACUCUGUGGAAUCUCUUUAGUGGAUUCAUGAUUACGCACAAGAGGAUGCCUAGAUGGUGGAGAUGGUAUUAUUGGGCUGAUCCAAUAUCUUGGACUCUAUAUGGCCUCUUGACCUCCCAAUUUGGGGACAUCGACAGCCUCAUGAUUCUUUCGGACGGUGCACGCUCGACUACCGUGAGAACGUUUCUGCAAGACCACUUUGGGUUCAGGCAUGAGUUCUUGCCCAUCGCUGCAGUAAUGGUAGUUGGUUUCUGCAUCAUGUUUGCUGUGGUAUUUGCACUGGCAAUCAAGUGCCUCAAUUUCCAGAGGAGAUGAAAGGGUGUAAAUUUCUUGCUGCUAAUAGUAUUUGGAAUGUUAUGGACCCUGAUUCUCCCCCAGUAAUUUCAUGCUGAAAGGAACGAACUGUAUAGCAGCCUUUUUUUACAUAAAAUAAUUUUCUAUUGUGCUUGAA